AUGAGAUCCACUACAGUCACACUCUUCCUUGCGUUGUCACUCCAUGCCGUAAUGGCCACCCAACACACCCAGUGCUAUGAGUUCUUCAUGUGGAAAGACAAAUGUGUUUGGUCUGCCGCCGCGACUAACCAAAGAUGUCCUGUGCCACCGAAAGAUCACGAAGCUCCAGUCAAAACGGUGAGCUCAUUGCUCUGCUUGUUUGCUUUGCUCGAUUUUCGAAAGAAUUGCCGUUUAGAGCGCCGAUAUGACACCACCAGAGGGAUCUGUGGCUUUUACAACUCCACCACUGAAGCUGGUGUGUGCCUCUGGAGCGGACCUGAGCAAAAAGACCCAACUUUGAAAACAGCUGGAUGGCUUAACUCGCAGAAGACGUCUAACUGCGGGAAGAGAGUAUAUAUCCAAAGAAAAGGGAAGCCCGAAACUGUCCAGUAUGUCAAGGUUCUUGAUGGCUGCAGCUUCAAAACUAAACAUCGGAUUCCGGGAUGCUUCGACAUUGCUGUUACUAUUGACCUCUUCAACCGAUUUAAUCCCACCGCCGAAGAAAAGGCGUCUGGGCUCCUGUUAAAUGGAUUGAGCUGGGACUUUGAUAACAUCAACAACGACAACACCCAACAGGCCCCAGUCUAG